AUGAAGCCGCUGGAGAAAUUUUUGAAGAAGCAGACGUCGCAGCUGGCAGGGCGAACGGUGGCGGGAGGUCCCGGCGGGGGUCCGGGUUGCUGCGGUGGGCCUGGCGGGGGCGGAGGACCUGGCGGGGGCUGCGGUCCAACCGGGGGACUGCGGCCGCUGCAGCGGCGUCAGAGCGUGUCUCGCCUGCUGCUCCCAGCUUUCCUCCGGGAGCCCCCCGCAGAGCCGGGGCUGGAGCCGCCACCCGAAGAGGAAGGGGGCGAGCCAGCGGGGGUCGCGGAGGAGCUCGGUAGCGGGGGGCCCUGUUGGCUGCAGCUUGAGGAGGUGCCAGGGCCCGGGCCGCUCGGGGGAGGGGGACCCCUGCGCUCCCCUUCCUCGUAUUCCUCUGACGAGCUAUCCCCCGGCGAGCCCCUGACUUCCCCGCCCUGGGCCCCCCUGGGCGCCCCCGAGCGGCCGGAGCAUCUUCUGAACCGGGUUCUGGAGCGGCUCGCUGGAGGGGCCACCAGGGACAGCGCCGCCUCAGAUAUCCUGCUGGAUGACAUCGUCCUCACCCAUUCUCUCUUCCUCCCCACGGAGAAAUUUCUGCAGGAGCUACACCAGUACUUUGUUUGGGCAGGAGGCAUGGAGGGCCCCGAGGGGCUGGGGCGGAAGCAGGCCUGUCUAGCCAUGCUCCUUCAUUUCCUGGACACCUACCAGGGGCUGCUGCAGGAAGAAGAAGGGGCCGGCCGCAUUAUCAAGGAUCUGUACCUGCUGAUUAUGAAGGACGAGUCCCUUUACCAGGACCUUCGAGAGGACACACUGAGGCUACACCAGCUGGUGGAAACAGUGGAGCUAAAGAUCCCAGAGGAAAGCCAGCCGCCCAGCAAGCAGGUGAAGCCACUGUUCCGCCACUUCCGCCGGAUAGACUCUUGUCUGCAGACCCGAGUGGCCUUCCGGGGCUCUGAUGAGAUCUUCUGCCGGGUCUACAUGCCUGACCACUCUUACGUGACCAUACGCAGCCGCCUCUCAGCGUCUGUGCAGGACAUUCUGGGCUCUGUGACAGAGAAAUUGCAGUACUCGGAGGAGCCUGCAGGGCGCGAGGACUCGCUCAUCCUGGUAGCUGUGGCUUCGUCCGGAGAGAAGGUCCUUCUGCAGCCGACCGAAGACUGUGUCUUCACCACGCUGGGCAUCAACAGCCACCUGUUUGCCUGCACCCGCGACAGCUAUGAGGCACUGAUGCCCCUCCCCGAGGAGAUCCAGGUCUCCCCUGGAGACACAGAGAUCCACCGAGUGGAGCCUGAGGACGUCGCCAACCACCUAACUGCCUUCCACUGGGAGCUGUUUCGAUGUGUGCAUGAGCUGGAAUUCGUGGACUAUGUGUUCCACGGGGAGCGCGGCCGCCGGGAGACUGCCAACCUGGAGCUGCUGCUGCAGCGCUGCAGCGAGGUCACGCACUGGGUGGCCACCGAGGUGUUGCUGUGCGAGGCCCCGGGCAAGCGCGCGCAGCUGCUCAAGAAGUUCCUCAAGAUCGCGGCCAUAUGUAAGCAGAACCAGGACCUGCUGUCCUUCUACGCAGUGGUCAUGGGGCUGGACAACGCCGCGGUCAGCCGCCUGCGGCUCACCUGGGAGAAGCUGCCAGGGAAAUUCAAGAAUUUGUUCCGCAAAUUUGAGAACCUGACAGACCCCUGCAGGAACCACAAAAGCUACCGAGAAGUCAUCUCCAAGAUGAAACCUCCUGUGAUUCCCUUUGUGCCUCUGAUCCUCAAAGACCUGACUUUCUUGCACGAGGGGAGUAAGACCAUUGUCGAUGGUUUGGUGAACAUUGAGAAGCUGCAUUCAGUGGCCGAAAAGGUGAGGACAAUCCGCAAAUACCGGAGCCGGCCCCUUUGCCUGGAUAUGGAGGCGUCCCCCCAUCACCUGCAGACCAAGGCCUACGUGCGCCAGUUCCAGGUCAUCGACAACCAGAACCUUCUCUUCGAGCUCUCCUACAAGCUGGAGGCUAAUAGUCAGUGAGAACAGAGGUUCUGGUCGGCGCCCCACCAGGGUCCUCGGGCACCUGGCACUCAAGCACUUUGCACGCUAUCCCAACCUGCUUCUGACAUCUUUCCCCCGGAGCAACUUCCUGCCCGUCAGGAAAGAGUCGGAUGGACUUACCCCCGGGCUCAUCAGCCUGUCCAUCCUGCUGCAGUCCUCUCCCCCUUGCUCCUUCAAGCCAAAACCACCCUCUGCUGGGUCCUGCCCUCGCAGGGAAGGGGGGCAGAAAGCUCCUUCCUCUGCCCCCUCCCAUCAACGUCUGUUCCAGAGAUGAAGUUUCCAACCUCCUCCGCCCAUGCAGACAGGAAAGCUGCCCACAUUGUCUGUGAGACAGAGCGGAACUGUGGAAGGGACUGGCAGCCUCCCUCUCCACCCCUGGCUGGCUUCUUCCCGGUCAGGGCUGGGACCCCCCUGGCUGCACCCCCCUGGAAUAUUUUAUUGCCCCUGUGUGCGUGUGCGUGUGUGUGAGCGUGCGCGUGUGUGUGUGCACCUGUCCCCUUUAAAAGCAGUGCAUCUGGUAAUUGAGGGAGGGUGUUGUGUGUAGAGGGGGUCCUUCUGUUCGGUGCUACCCUGGUCUACUCGGCCCUGUGAUGGUGUGGGGUGAUUUCCCCGCCCCCACCUCUCCCGGCUCAGCUCCUUGUGCUGCCUCACAUGCCCAGGCCUGUGGGUGAAGCUGCUCGUGGGGCAGGGGGCCGCGGCAGGGGGGAGGGGUUACCUGUCAGCCCUUGCGAGUCCUCCCGUCGGGCCUCCCCAAGGUCUCUGGGUGGGCUCCAGGGAGAGGGUAAAAGAUGCUCAGGGAAACACAGGUCUAAGCUGCCUACAGGACACUCCCUCUGCAUUGCAGGGUGGGAUGUGGUGGUAUCAGGAGUUGGGGGUGUUUGCUGCCCACACUCCUUCUUUUGGGGUGUCUCACUGCUAAGAAGGGAGCUGUCAUCCCCUCCUCCUGGCUCUUCUGUGGGACACUGACAACGUGGUCUCUAUCCUUCCCCCUGUCUUGACUCCCCCUUGGUCCCCCCCCAUCAGAGCUGGGGUGGGGCGGACCCCUGUACCUGGGCAGGCAGCCCCCGGAAGUGGGGGGAUAGCCGAGACCCUAAAGGCAACAGUGGACUGUGGUGACGCCUUUGAUACCUCUCUGUCUACCCCCCACACACGCACGGGCCUCCAGGGCUUGAGGGGCGCAGGGCUCCUGGCAGCUACCGGGUGAGGUUUCCUGGCACAGCCUCACCCUCCUUUCUGGCGCCACCUCUUUCCCUUCUGAAGAGGCAGCAGCAGCAGCAACAGCAAAAACAGCUGCUGCUCCUGCUCUGAGGGUGUAUAUAUUUUUUACCGAAA